AUGGCUGGCCCAUGGACCUUCACCCUCAUCUGUGGUUUGCUGGCAGCCACUUUGGUCCAAGCCACCCUCAGCCCCCCUGCGGUUCUCAGCCUAGGCCCAGAAGUCAUCAAAGAAAAGUUGACACAGUCGCUGAAGAACCGUAAUGCCGCCGGAAUCCUUCAGCAGCUGCCAUUGCUUAGUGCCGUGCAGAAGCAGAAGUCUUGGGGCAUCCCUUUUCUGAGUGGCCUGGUGAAUGCUGUCAAGAACUAUAUCUUCUGGCUGAAGGUCACCUCAGCCAAUCUCCUCCAGCUGCAGGUGCAACCCUCAGAGGCCAGCCAGAAUCUAAUGGUCAAGAUCCCAUUGGACAUGGUGGCUGGACUUAACACGCCUCUGGUCAAGACCAUUGUGCAGAUGCGCAUAGAGGCUGAGGUCCAAGCCAUCAUCCAAGUGGAGAGCAGCGAGCGGGGCCACAGCCGCUUCAUCCUCACCAACUGCCUCACUAGCCAGGGGAGGCUGCACAUCAUCCUGCUACGCAAGUUCUCCUUCCUGGUCAACUUCUUAGCCAACAAGGUCAUGGGCUUCCUGGUGCCGACCCUGCCCCAAAUGGUGAUAAGUGAGCUGUGUCCAGUGAUCAGAGCGGCCUUUGAGGACGUGUGUGCUGACCUCCUGCGCCUGGUGAGAGUGCCCAUUUCCCUUGGCUUUACCCACCUGGAGUUUGAACUUCUGUCUCCUGCCAUCAAAAGUAGUGCCAUCCAGCUCAACCUGAGGGCCAAGUUGUCGGACUCGCAAGGAAAGGUGACCAACAUGUUCAAUGACUCUUUGGCGUCCCUGACAUUGCCCACCUUGAACAGUGCCCCUUUUAGCCUCAUUGUGAGGCAGGAUGUGGUAAAUUCUGCAGUGGUUGCCUUGCUCUCUCCAGAAAAACUUGCAGUCCUGUUGGACCACGUGUUUCCCAAGCUGGCCCGUCAGCUGAAGUCCAGUAUCAGUCUGAUCAGUGAAAAGGCUGCGAAUCAGUUGGGGCCCACACAGAUUGUGAAGAUCUUCACCCAGAAUACCCCCGUUCUCCUUCUGCGUGAGGGCAAUGCCAAGGUGGCCCAGCAGAUCGUGUUUGAGGUGUUCGCCACCAAUGAAGCUGGCUGUCCCUUCUUCACCCUGGGCAUUGAAGCUAGUUCGGAGGCUCAGUUUUACACCGAAGGUAACCGAGUUAUGCUCAACCUAAACAAGAUCAGUUCUGAUCGGAUCUACCGUAUGAACUCCGGGAUUGGCCUGUUCAACGCUGAUCUUCUGAAAGACAUCGUCACUAAGAUCCUGUUCUCCAUCCUGCUGCCAAACGAGAAUGGCAAAUUAAGAUCCGGGAUCACAAUUUCGAUGAUUAAGACUUUGGGAUUUGAAGAAGCUGCAGUGUCUGUAACCAAUGACGCCCUUGUGAUCACCUCGGCCCGCUCAUAG